GCAGAUCAUAUGUAAAUACAACGGAAUAAAAAAAAGCCCUGAAGGCUGUGAAUCUGUUUGAUUAAAAGUCCAAUAUGAACAAAGUGGUUCAACCUCAAGUCGGAGCACAGCCAGGCGGAAUUGUGUGAAACACUGCUGUAACAUGAAGACUACCAGUGAAGGGCCUUUUUCAUGAACCAUGAGACGAAGCCCAAGGAGACCCUUGAUCCUCAAAAGACGGAAACUGCCCUUUUGGCCGAAUGAACCGGCAGCAGAUGAGUCCUGCAGCCAGACUGCUGCUUCAGCAUCCACAGAGACAUCCAAACCAGCUGCCGGCCAGGGCCUCAGUGAUGGGAUCCGCAUUAUUGACCACCCCUCCAUGUCCGACACCCAAGUGGUCGUCAUCCCCAGUUCGGCUGAUCUGCAGAGUGUCAUCGGUGCCCUGACAGCCAAGGGCAAAGAGUGUGGUGUCCAGGGCCCAAACAAGUUCAUCCUCCUGAGCGAGAGUAGCAGCCAGGGAGGUGAAGAAGGGAAAUCUGUUUCUGUGAGAAACACAUUUGUGAAACAAGUGAAAGCCAUACCGAACUCUCCUGAUGCUACACCCCUCACUGGGGUCAAACAAUUGAUUAAAGAUGCAAAUUGUGGUCCUCUGGAUGACAGCCUCACCAAUAUCCAGUGGCUGGGCAGGAUGAGCACAUGUGGCUUAGAAAGUGAUCUUUCAAAGCAGACGGCCGACAAGGAGAACCCGAUUCCAGCAUCGCAGCAUUUACAGGCACACAAAAUGCAGAAUGAUGCAGAAUCUGUUCAGCCGCCCAUGUCGGAGAGGCCACCGUAUUCCUACAUGGCCAUGAUCCAGUUUGCCAUCAACAGCAAGCAGAACAGGAAGAUGACGCUGAAAGAAAUCUACACGUGGAUCGAAGAACAUUUCCCCUAUUACAGAAAGGUGGCCAAGCCGGGAUGGAAGAACUCCAUCCGCCAUAACCUUUCUUUACAUGACAUGUUCAUUCGCGAGGCGACACCAGAUGGUAAAAUUUCUUUGUGGACCAUCCGCCCUGAAGCGAAUCGAUGCCUCACUCUGGAUCAGGUGUACAAGCCCGGCUGUGAUCCAAUGACCGCUCCCGUUUCUGUUCCAAUGCUUUUAUUUCCCCACCAACAACAGAAGAUGAUGAUUCCUGAUGCAAGAAAAACAAGUAGUUCAGAGAGAAAGAUGAAGCCUCUUCUCCCUCGAACUGACUCCUACUUGGUGCCCAUCCAGCUCCCGGUCGCCUCCCUCCCAUAUCUUCCAUCCUCGUCUGCGUCUUUCACCCCCAUCGCCUCUCAGCAGAAACAGAGCUCUUCCAGAGGAGUCAAGCGAGUCCGCAUAGCUCCUAAGGUGACGCAAAGCAACGUCCCAGCUGAGGCUGCGUCCACUCAGACGGACAACAGCCUGAAGGUGGAGGUCAAGGAGGAGCUGGUUUGUGUUCCGAUUCAAUGUGAGACUCCAAAAGCCCCUCCGAGGAAAGAAGCCAGCAGCUCUCGGCGCAAACAGCGCCUGGUUCGCUCCAUGACCGAGGAGCCCGUCCUCCUCUGCCCUGACAACACUUUCUUCGACUCCGGCGUGGCAUCCGACGCUUCCACCUUCCAGGAAACCAGAGACGCUGAGCUGGAGGAGAAGCCGCACGGACAGGAAAGCCCCGACAGGGAGUUCUCCUUCAAAACCCCAGUCAAAGGUAGCAGCCACCUGACCUCCUCCACCCCGAGCAAGCCCUCUUCAAACGUCGCACCCGAGCCCUGGAAAGUGACCCCCGUGGGGAAAGGGAACGCAAACGUCCUGGACUUCAGUCCUAUCCGCACACCGGGUGGUCCUGCCGUCACGCCGCGGCACGACUACACCACCUACAGCUUCAACUGCACGCCCUUUAAAGACUUGCCUCUGUUCGGCUCCCCGUGGAGGGAGCUGCUCCUGUACGCCCCCUCCAAAGCGAGCGGACCGGCGGAGUCGCCCAGCGAGAACCUCCAGAGCAGCUGCUCCAGAGAGCUGCUGCAGGCGGGGAACACCACGCCGACGAACCGCUCCAUCACGGAGGGGCUCAUCCUGGAUACCAUGAACGACAGCCUGAGCAAGGUUCUGGUGGACAUAAGCUUCUCCUGCCUGGACGACGACGACUUCGGCAUGGCCAACAUCAGCUGGUCCGAGUUCCUCGGUCAGUUAAAGUAGCCCGGAGGCUGACAAGUAUGACAUUGUUGGAUAUCCGAUUCUUUAGAAAAAACACUACAGGUGAGGAAAAACCACAGAAAAAAGCAAAGAGGAUGCAAAUUUAUGUAUCAAACACUCUACUUCCAAACCAAACACAGUGCCAUCCUCACAGAAAAUGGCUUUUCCUUCAAAGGUAGAGAGCUGAACUAGCUGUUAAAAGUCAAAUCCAUACAUUUUAUAGCCAAUGUUUAAUUCUUAGCCAGCAGGAGGAUAGCGGUGGAGCUCUUAGUGACCAUAACUUUACCACUUUAGUAAAUAUUCAGUGUGGUUUGUGGUGAUUUGGCCUUUUAAUUGGCAAGUAGCAGUUGUGACCCAAUGGAUAUACCUUAUUCGGUUUUUAAAGUAAUGGCACCUUCUUGUAGGUCUUGUUAGGUCAAAGUGGGGUCAGGCGAGGUGUUGCCUUAUGUGAAAUGUUUUCAUGUAUGUUUUGGUCUGUUUUGUUUUUUCUCCAUCUGAUUCUGGCUGCUAUGUCGAGCAAAGUAAGAUAAUUUCGAUAAAUGACAGAAGUCAUCUAAUGUAAACAGGUCGAAUUAACGGGCGCUUCCUUAAGAUUUCACAUUUGUAUCAGUUUCACGCUUGCUUGCCUUAACAUGUCGCGUCUUUUUCUACGUGGGAAAAACGCCACAGCGGCCCUUUUCUAUUGUCUCGUAACUUUCCCACAUGUCAUAUCCGUCUGUGUCAGCAUGAGAAUAGAAGUAUGUAAGCGAAUGCAUAUGUCGAUUUGCACAAUUUAAUAUAUGAUUUAGUGUUUUCUUCUAUAAAUGGAAAAGAUGUGUUUAUAAUUUGAGCUGUUGCUUCUCAAUUAUUUGGUUCCGUCAGCUUUGAGGACCCAAAUAAAAACGAGCAAAGGCUAAGUCAUACAGAUAGCACUAACAGCUAUAGUAUUGUGUCUGUAAGUUAAUUUUAGACUGGCAUCAUAACUUAUUUUCUUGAAUGUUCACAGUAAAUAUUCUUUAGGGUACCAGUGUCAACUUGGUACCAGCACAAGGGGCAACCCUGCAUGCAGUAACUUCACAUCAGCAGCACAUCAGGGAACUGAAUGCACAAUGUUUUUCUAUUUGUCUGGAGCAAACAGAAUUUUUAUUCUCCAACGAUGUUGAUCGUUAUGAAGCACAAACAUAAAGCUAGGGGGAGAAAAACAACUUGUGAUUUAGCUGUUUUUGCAACACCACCUUUGGAUGACUGUAAGGGUUCUUUUGUUUUCUGACGAUACCUCAAAAUAAUGUGUGGUUUCAAGAAUUGCACGUAAGGAUCUUCUUUCAGUUCAUCACCGUCGCCGAAUGCAAGAAACCGAGUUGCGGUUUUUGUUCCCACUUCUUGAAGUUGGUGCUUUUAAGAUGACAACAAAUGUUUCGGUUUCCACCUAAAAACAUCAGGACUUUUGUUAAGUUGUGCUUUUGACCAUGCAGUUGGGGCUGUCUCAGAUUAUUACUUUAUCGCUGUAAAUAGAUACGGUGCCAAUUCCACCACCUGACACGUGAUGGAGUGCAGUAAAGAUGCUUCUGUAUGUUUGAAUAAAAGAUGAAACUCUACACGGCCUGUGUGUUUUCAUAAAAAGAGCUUUAUUAGUUCCCGUAGACCUAUGUAAACAUAUCAGCAUCUUGAGCAAAACUUUAAACAUUUAAAAAACUAAUAAAAACUCAAA